UCUGUGAAGCUUCACGCCCAUGAAUUGAAGCUCGGAUUCGACGUCGUCAACGAUUUGGAAGCCCCCAACGCUCGCUUUCGAACCCGCCACCGAAGUUUGAUCGGGCUUGCCGUAGCGGGGAAAACCAGUUUGCCCCGACACAGAGACAAACGGUUCUUCCACUCGUUUGCCUUUUUCUGCCGUCGAGCCGCGGCCUCGGCUCCUGCUCCAGACUGUCUGACCGCGUGGUGGAAUCUGGUUUUCGUCGCCAUGUCGCUUAACAGCUACACCGAGAAAAAGGUGUGCAUCAUCACCACCGACGGGCGCAACCUCGUCGGCACCCUCGCAGCGCACGACCACACCACCAACCUGGUGCUGAAGAACACGGUCGAGCGCGUGAUCCGCAGUCCCGAGGACGGCGAGCCGUCGGUCGAGGUUCCUCUGGGUCUGUACAUUGUCCGGGGCGAGAAUGUCUGCGUGGUCGGCCUCGUAGACGAGGCGCUGGAUGCGAGUAUCAACUGGGCUGAGGUCAAGGGCGCGGCCAUUGGGACGACGAAGCACUAGACCGGCGGG